GAAAUAAAACACAAAUUCCAGGCUAGCUUCAGUCAACGAAUACAAGGAUAUGCUUCUUCAUCCAACGAUGCCGUGGUAGAAGUUGCAGCCUCUCUGACUCUCUGUUCAUUGUCUCGCCGGUUCUGUUUCUGGUAAUUGAUCGCCUUUUGGAUUCGAUUUCUGAAAUUGAUUUUUCGGCCUGUGUAAUUAUGGCGUCAAGUGAAAUUCGGCAAGAGAAAUUCGAUGCCGACGAGGAGGUGAACGGUCCGGCAGAUCCGCUGCUAGGAGACCCGCUCGAAUACACGAUUACGGCGGUUGGUCCGGCGUCCGAAGCGUUCGGCGCUGGUUCCUCGAACAGUCUGGCCUUGUUGAAGGCGGAGCCGGUGGAAAACAAUUUGCAGGUGGCGGUGCCGCUUCAGGUCAAGCCAUUGGCGAAACGGUCCUCGAAGGACCGCCAUACCAAGGUGGAAGGUCGGGGGAGGAGGGUUCGUAUGCCGGCGGCGUGUGCGGCUAGGAUUUUUCAGUUGACCAGGGAGCUUGGCCACAAGUCCGACGGCGAGACCAUCCGGUGGCUCCUCGAGCGGGCGGAGCCGGCCAUCAUCGAAGCCACUGGUACGGGUACGAUACCGGCUAUCGCCGUCUCCGUGAACGGUGAGCUUAAGAUUCCAACGACUUCUCCGGCGACGGAAAACGGUGGGGUUGGUGGCGAUUCCUCGACGAAGAGGAGGAGAAAGAGGGGUCCCAACAGUGAGUUUUUCGACGUGAACGAACCUUCCCAUUUUGCCCCUGUUUCUCCGAUCAGUCCACAAGGGCUGCUUCCUGUGUGGGCGGUUGGUUCCGGGAACGGCAUAGUCCCCACCGGGGCUGUUCCGGGCGGGGCGUUCCUGAUGCUGCCGCAGCCGACGUCAGCAGCCGGAGGUUCAAGCCAAGCCCAGUUGUGGGCAAUCCCUGCGACAGCGACCACUGUUUACAGCGUCCCGGGGAGACCGAUUUCUAGCUUCGUCUCCGCAGUGCAACCGGGAGUUUGUUUUCCCCGCGGGGAAGUUCUAGCUCAGCCGAACUCCUCCGUGUCAAACAGCAGUUUCGGCCCAGGUAACAAUUCCGGCAAGGAGAUGUCCACAAUGGCCCCAAUUUGCAGUUCUACUAGUCCCACCAGCUCCUCAAACGCCGCCGCAAGUACCGCCCAAAUGCUCAGAGAUUUUUCUCUUCAGAUUUACGACAAGAAAGAGCAUCAAUUCAUGGACACUUCCGGGUCUCCAUCAGAUGAACUUACCCAAAGAACACCUGAAAAUCACAACCAAAGAUGAGAAAUGGCCGUAAUCAUCGAAGAGCUGUAGUCUUUUUUUGUUUCAAUUAGUUCAUUAGUUUUAUAUUAGCAACCUCUAAUUGUCCAUGUUUCGAGUUCAUCAAAUGGAACUGUAUAAAGAUUGUUUUUUGUCUUUUGAUUUAGCAGAUCGUAUCAAAUGGUGGUUAGAUUGAAGUUUUGAGAUGCU